CGGAAUAACACGAGUUGGUCACGAAUGGGAGCUAUGAAUGACGCCCAAUGAAAAAGCCGAACGUUUCCGGAGAAAAGGGUAUUCCCCUAUGUGAAUAGCGUGGAUGAACGAGGAAGGAGACGUGGGAAGCAAUCGUCAUGAAGUUAUACGAAUUAUUUUGUAGUUAAACUGUCAGUGCUAGGCGCUGAGUCUCACAUUAGGGAUGGAUGGGAAAGGCAAGAGGAGUGACAAUGACAAACGACCUGAAACAGAGCAAGCUAGAUCGGAUAGCCUGCCAGAAGCCACCAGGACGUCAAAUGUUACUUCAGGUGAACACUCUGUUGAAAUGGACACUGCAGAAAUCCGUGAGACGGGCGAUCUGUCGGCGGGGACCGUAUCCAAAGGAAGUCAGAGGGAGCAUGCCAGCGACUCAACAGAGAGUUCUAGUUCAGAAUCAGAGUUGGAGAGGGAAAAGGAACGUCUCCUCGCUGAAGAGAAGCGCCUGACUAGAUCCCGCAGAAAACAACAACUCCGGGCUGAAAUCAAUGAGCUACAAGCUUCAGUAGAGGAUAAAAAGGUCAAGAAACAGAGUUUCACAAUAGUUAUGGAUGGGAAAUGCAAAAGGAGUGACAAUGACAAACGACCUGAAACAGAGCAAGCUAGACCAGAUAGCCUGCCAGAAACCACCAGGGCAUCGAUAUCAAAUGUUACUGGUAUGAGUGGCGGAAAUGCAGAGAACUGUACCAUUUGUGGUCAGAGCAUACAUGUAUAUAAUACAUGCCAUCAUCUUCAAGAUCUUAUUUGUGAAACAGGACUAAUGAUUAACUCAAUGGAUGCCAGCAAGCACGUGUCAACACACGCAGAGGGUGCUGCCUACAAGCGUCUGCUGGAACAAGGCUGUGUGGUCAUCAGGGGGAGAUCAGGAUCUGGGAAAUCCCACAUGGGAUACACUCUGUUACAGAGGGCAUCGAAGCAGUUCCCACGGACACCAGUAAAGAUCUCAUCACCUGAUGAAUGGAACUAUUUACCCAAAUCAAGUAAUCCUAAAUCUGAUGUUACUAUUGACAAAUACAUUGUCAUGAUUGAUGAUAUUUUCGGAUCUACUAAUCUGAUCCAACACAAUUUGGACCAGUGGAGACAGAAAUUUGACCUUGUGUGGCCUCAGGUGGAAUCUGGACAAAUCUGGUUAGUGAUAACAACAAGACCAGAAAUAAUUACCCUGGCAGGAUCAAGCUUUCAUAGGUAUAACAUAUUUACAUCUUCAGGAAGUAUCCUUUUGGAUGAAAAAUUACACUGUCUCACAAAGGACGAAAAAUUGGAUUUUUUGGACAAACUGUGUGGAAAAUAUAUAGCAUAUGAGGAAAGAAUUGGGAUAGCAAAGACAGACACUGCUCUGGGCUUUCCACAAUGUUGUAUAUAUUUUGCUUCUCAUAAACACAUACAGGAAAGAGGCUUAGUCUUUUUCCUCAAUCCCUUUGAAUUUAUCAAACAAGAGAUUGAUUCUGUGAAAAGGAGUCAACGAGGUAGCUAUUGUGUGUUGCUCAUGGUUCUGGCAUAUGAUGGAUGGCUUCCAAAAGGACUUGUGAAAACAAUUAGUCCUCCUGAAGAGUUUACAAGUCGAUGUAAACAAAUGAUGAAAGCUUCUGGUUUGAAGGAGGAACCAAAUAUGAAGGAUAUUCUUCAAUCUUUAUGUGGUGUUUACCUGGUCAGCGAUGGGACUGGUUAUCAGUUCUCACACAGGUCAAUACAUGAUGUCUUGUUUGUGGAUUUAUGUGAGUCAUACCCUGAUUUGGGAAUAGACUUGAGCACGCCAUCUAUGUUAGUUGAAUAUGUUCGAACUACAGAUUGUAGAUGUGAUAUGCUAAAUGUGGUUGUUUUGGAUAAAGAAUAUUAUCCAAAACUGGCAAACAAACUGAGAGAAUAUCUGUCGGACGACGACAGUCGAUACAUUGUAUUGGACCACCCUUCACUUAACGAUGAAAACAUUGUAAUGCUUUUUAGAGGAUGGAAUAUUAGCAUGGUACCAUUGCGAGUGGAAAAGAAUUUGUUGAAGUUUUAUAUGGACUAUGAAUUUUCUACUUUCUGUAAUGUAUGUGAAAUCUCUGUUUCUGAUAUGUCAGACAUCAAUCACAUUAGGUAUAGUUAUUUUCUCUCUUAUGCCAUAAUGUCAGGUAUGACAAAGUUUGCUGAACACAUCAUUCACAAAGUCAGUACUGCCACUGAUGCUGAAAACCAGUCUAUGCUUGACGAAGCCUUAGUGUGUGCUGUGUACAUGGGCCAAAACCGUGUAGUUGACGUAUUGCUCAGAAAAGGAGCACAACCAUCACAGAUAUGUCUUGAUGUUCUCAGUGCUUCACCAGAAAUGAAUUUUAAAAAUUCCUCAAAGUUGGUAAAAAUGAUCAAACCAACACCGGAUCACCUGAAACAUGUUUUCGCAAGUGUAGUUCUGCAUUGCAAUGUAACUUUCCUCAGAAUUAUCAUUAAAAUGUGCCCUGAAAUAUUGGAAAAUCCCAAAGAUACUUACAGCCAAGCCAUUUUAGGUCUUUGUACAAUUCUAAAUGGAAAUGUUGCAUCCAAAACAUUUUACAUUGUCAAGCUAAACAACAAAUUACAUGAAGAUAUAUCCAGGACAUUUUCCAGAGCUGUUGAUCUUAUGUCACUUCUUCACAAGGCAGGGGGAAUCAUGGAUAUCGAUGAAAUGUUUACUCUCGCAACUCAAAAAUACGCCCCAGAUACAUUGAUAGAAUUUAUCCGUGUGGGUUUUCAGAUUCCCCCUGCUCAUCAUGAUGAUAUACAAUCCAGUGUGUGUCACAGUAAGAAGUUCCAUCAACUAUUAGAAUCUUUGAUCGACAAACUAGCUCCAGUACAAAUAAAAGCCAGAACUGUGAAAACUCUUCUGCAUAAAGCAGCAUGGAGUCAGUGCAAGAUAUGUAUCAAGAUGUUGAUUUCAGAUGUGGAAGAAACUGACAGUGACGGUAACACAGCUUUACACUGCAUGAUAAAAUCUGAUGAAAAUCAUGACCAUGAAGUGUUAGAAUUAUUAAUAGAAAAGACCAAUCACAGACACAUAAAGAACAAAAGUGGUGAGUUACCUCUCCACAUUGCAGCAAGAAGGCAGUGUCAGGAGUGUAUCAGUCAUUUGCUCAUGGAGGCUGAUGUAAGUAAGGAUCAUGCAGGUAAUCCUGUUCACUGUACAUUUGAUGAAGGAGCUUCAUACCAUAGAGAUGAAUCACGUGAACAUGUCUUCCAUGUUGGGAAAGGGUCAGAUGUGAUUAUGAGACAGACAAAGACACCAUGUAUAGAACGUGGGGAACUGUUGCAACCAAUAUCUGAUAUAAAUGAUCAGGAUGAGGCGGGGAACACUGCACUGCACUAUCUGCAUCCUGAUAAAAGCUAUUAUCCGACCAAAGUUGAACAUUUUUGCCAAGAAACGUGUCAUCUCUUUCUUGACAAUGGGGCAGAUGUGCACAUAAAGAACAAGGGUGGAAAGACAGCUCUGCACUUGGCAGCAAAGGCAAAUUGUGAAAGAUGUGUGAAAAUAUUGCUCCCAAUAUCUGAUAUAAAUGAUCAGGAUGAGGUGGGGAACACUGCACUGCACUAUCUCAUUCACAAUGAAUCAUAUCAUUAUCGAAUGAAUGAAUGUUUAGACCAUGAAACAUAUCAGCUCUUUCUUGACAGUGGGGCAGAUGUGCAGAUAAAGAACAAUGAAGGAAAGACAGCUCUGCACUUGGCAGCAAAGGCAAAUUGUGAAAGAUGUGCGAAAUAUUUGCUCCCAAUAUCUGAUAUAAAUGAUCAGGAUGAGUUGGGGAACACUGCACUGCACUAUCUCAUUCACAAUGAAUCAUAUCAUUAUGGAAUGAAUGAAUGUUUAGCCCAUGAAACAUAUCAGCUCUUUCUUGACAGUGGGGCAGAUGUGCACAUAAAGAACAAGGAAGGAAAGACAGCUCUGCACUUGGCAGCAAAGGCACAUUGUAAAAACUGUGUGGAAAUGUUGCUCCCAAUAUCUGAUAUAAAUGAUCAGGAUGAGGUGGGGAACAAUGCACUGCACUAUCUCAUUCACAAUGAAUCAUAUCAUUAUGGAAGGAAUGAAUGUUUAGCCCAUGAAACAUAUCAGCUCUUUCUUGAUAAUGGGGCAGAUGUGCACAUAAAGAACAAGGAAGGAAAGACAGCUCUGCACUUGGCAGCAAAGGCAAAUUGUAAAAACUGUGUGGAAAUGUUGCUCCCAAUGUCUCAUAUAAAUGAUCAGGAUGAGGUGGGGGACACUGUACUGCACUAUCUGCAUCAUUAUCAAAGCUAUUAUCCGACCAAAGUUAAACGUUUUUGCCAUGAAACAUAUCAGCUCUUUCUUGACAACGGGGCAGAUGUGACCAUCAAGGACAAGAAAGGACAGACAGCUCUGCACUUGGCAGCAAAGGCAAAUUGUAAAAACUGUGUGGAAAUGUUGCUCCCAAUGUCUGAUAUAAAUGAUCAGGAUGAGUUGGGGAACACUGCACUGCACUCUCUGCAUCAUUAUCAAAUUGAUGAACUGAUCAUAGUUGAACGUGUUUGCCAAGAAACGUGUCAGAUCUUUCUUGAUAAUGGGGCAGAUGUGCACAUAAAGAACAAGGAAGGAAAGACAGCUCUGCACUUGGCAGCAAAGGCAAAUUGUAAAAACUGUGUGGAAAUGUUGUUACCAAUGUUUGAUAUAAAUGAUCAAGAUGAGGUGGGGAACACUGCACUGCACUAUCUCAUUCACAAUGUAUCAUAUUUUGAUGGAAGUAAUGAAUGUUUAGACCAUGAAACAUAUCAGCUCUUUCUUGACAAUGGGGCAGAUGUGCACAUAAAGAACAAGGAAGGAAAGACAGCUCUGCACUCGGCAGCAAAGGCAAAUUGUAAAAAGUGUGUGGAAAUGUUGCUCCCAAUGUCUGAUAUAAAUGAUCAGGAUGAGUUGGGGAACACUGCACUGCACUAUCUGAAUCAUUAUCAAAGUUAUGGUCUGACCAAAGUUGAUCGUGUUUGCCAAGAAACGUGUCAGAUCUUUCUUGAUAAUGGGGCAGAUGUGCACAUAAAGAACAAGGACGGAAAGACAGCUCUGCACUUGGCAGCAAAGGCAAAUUGUAAAAUCUGUGUGGAAAUGUUGUUACCAAUGUCUCAUAUAAAUGAUCAGGAUGAGGUGGGGAACACUGCACUGUACUAUCUGAAUCAUUAUCGAAGUUAUUAUCUGACCAAAAUUGAACGUGUUUGCCAAGAAAUGUGUCAGAUCUUUCUUGAUAAUGGGGCAGAUGUGCAUAUAAAGAACAAGGAAGGAAAGACAUCUCUGCACUUUGCAGCAAAGGCAAAUUGUACAAAGUGUGUGGAAAUGUUGUUACCAAUGUUAGAUAUAAAUGAACAGGAUUGGGCGGGGGACACUGAACUGCACUAUCUCAUGCACAAUGAAUCAUAUUUUGAUGGAAGGAAUGAAUGUUUAGACCAUGAAACAUAUCAGCUCUUUCUUGAUAAUGGGGCAGAUGUGCACAUAAAGAACAAGAAAGUAAAGACAGCUCUGCACUUGGCAGCAAAGGCAAGUUGUAAAAACUGUGUGGAAAUGUUGCUGCCAAUGUCUGAUUUAAAUGAACAGGAUUGGGCGGGGAACACUGCACUGCACUAUCUCAUUCACAAAGUAUCAUAUUUUGAUGAAAGGAAGGAAUGUUUAGACCAUGAAACGUAUCAGCUCUUUCUUGAUAAUGGGGCAGAUGUGCACAAAAAGAACAAGGAAGGAAAGACAGCUCUGCACUUUGCAGCAAAGGCAAAUUGUGAAAGAUGUGUGAAAAUGUUGCUGCCAAUGUCUGAUGUAAAUGAUAAGGAUGAGGCGGGGAACACUGCACUGCACUAUCUCAUUCACAAAGUAUCAUAUUUUUAUGAAUUAUAUCAUUAUGGAAAGGAGGAAUGUUUAGGCCAUGAAACAUAUCAGCUCUUUCUUGACAUCGGGGCAGAUGUGACCAUGACGGACAGCGAAGGAAAGACAGCUCUGCACUUGGCAGCAAAGGCAAAUUGUAAAAGAUGUGUGAAAAUGUUGCUGCCAAUGUCUGAUAUAAAUGAUAAGGAUGAGGCGGGGAACACUGCACUGCACUAUCUCAUUUACAAUGAAUCAUAUUAUAAGGGAAUGAAUGAAUGUUUAGCCCAUGAAACAUAUCAGCUCUUUCUUGACAACGGGGCAGAUGUGACCAUCAAGGACAAGAAAGGACAGACAGGUCUGCUCCUGGCGGCUAUGGCAAAUUGUGAAAGAUGUGUGAAAAUAUUGCUCCCAAUAUCUGAUAUAAAUGAUCAGGAUGAGUUGGGGAACACUGCACUGCACUAUCUCAUUCACAAUGUAUCAUAUCGUUGUGGAAGGAAGGACUGUUUAGACCAUGACACAUAUCAGCUCUUUCUUGACAAUGGGGCAGAUGUCAACAUAAAGAACAAGGAAGGAAAGACAGCUCUGCACUUGGCAGCAAAGGCAAAUUGUGAAAGAUGUGUGAAAAUAUUGCUCCCAAUAUCUGAUAUAAAUGAUCAGGAUGAGGUGGGGAACACUGCACUGCACUAUCUCAUUCACAAAGAAUCAUAUCAAUAUGUAUGGAAUACAUGUUUAGCCCAUGAAACAUAUCAGCUCUUUCUUGAUAAUGGGGCAGAUGUACACAUACAGAACAAGGAAGGACAGACAGUUCUGUCUACAGCAACUUGGGCACAUUGUAAAAACUGUGUGGAAAUGUUGCUGCCAGUGUUAGAUAUAAAUGAUCAGGAUAAGGUUGGGGACACUGCACUGCACUUUCUGCAUCAUUAUCAAAGUUAUCAUCUGACCAAAGUUGAACGUGUUUGCCAAGAAAUGUGUCAGCUCUUUCUUGCCAAUAGGGCAGAUGUGCACGUAAAAAACAAGGAAGGAAAGACAUAUCUGCACUUGGCAGCAAAGGCAAAUUGUAAAAAGUGUGUGGAAAUGUUGUUACCAAUGUUUGAUAUAAAUGAUCAAGAUCAGGCGGGGAACACUGCACUGCACUAUCUCAUUCACAAUGUAUCAUAUUUUGAUGGAAGUAAUGAAUGUUUAGACCAUGAAACAUAUCAGCUCUUUCUUGACAACGGCGCAGAUGUGCACAUAAAGAACAAUGAAGGAAAGACAGCUCUGCACUUGGCAGUAAAGGCAAAUUGUGAAAGAUGUGUGAAAAUAUUGCUCCCAAUAUCUGAUAUAAAUGAUCAGGAUGAGUUGGGGAACACUGCACUGCACUAUCUCAUUCACAAUGUAUCAUAUCGUUGUGGAAGGAAGGACUGUUUAGACCAUACCACAUAUCAGCUCUUUCUUGACAAUGGGGCAGAUGUCAACAUAAAGAACAAGGAAGGAAAGACAGCUCUGCACUUGGCAGCAAAGGCAAAUUGUGAAAGAUGUGUGAAAAUAUUGCUCCCAAUAUCUGAUAUAAAUGAUCAGGAUGAGGUGGGGAACACUGCACUGCACUAUCUCAUUCACAAUGAAUCAUAUCAAUAUGUAUGGAAUACAUGUUUAGUCCAUGAAACAUAUCAGCUCUUUCUUGACAGUGGGUUGGAUGUGCACAUAAAGAACAAUGAAGGAAAGACAGCUCUGCACGUGGCAGCAAAGGCAAAAUGUGAAAGAUGUGUGAAAAUGUUGCUCCCAAAAUCUGAUAUAAAUUAUCAGGAUGAGUUGGGGAACACUGCACUGCACUAUCUCAUUCACUAUGAAUCAUAUGAUUAUGGAAGGAAUGAAUGUUUAGCCCAUGAAACAUAUAAGCUCUUUCUUGACAGUGGGGCAGAUGUGCACAUGAAGAAUAAGGAAGGAGAGACAGCUCUGCACUUGGCAGCUCUGGCUAAUUGUAAAAACUGUGUGGAAAAGUUGCUCACAAUAUCUGAUAUAAAUGAUCAGGAUGAGGUGGGGAACACUGCACUGCACUAUGUCAUUCACAAUGAAUCACAUCAUUAUGGAAGGAAUGAAUGUUUAGACCAUGACACAUAUCAGCUCUUUCUUGACAGUGGGGCAGAUGUGCACAUAAAGAACAAGGAAGGAACGACAGCUCUGCACUUGGCAGCAAAGGCAAAUUGUGAAAGAUGUGUGAAAAUAUUUCUCCCAAUGUCUGAUGUAAAUGAUCAGGAUGAGUUGGGGAACACUGCACUGCACUAUCUCAUUCACAAUGAAACCUAUUAUUAUGUAUGGAAUAAAUGUUUAGCCCAUGAAAUAUAUCAGCUCUUUCUUGACAGUGGGUUAGAUGUGCACAUAAAGAACAAGGAAGGAAAGACAGCUCUGCACUUGGCAGCAAAGGGAAAUUGUGAAACAUGUUUUGCUACCAUUGUCUGAUAAAUGAUCAGGAUGGGGAACACUACACUAUCUAAGUUGCAGUGCAUCAUUGUUUGUGGAAGGCUUAAACAUUCAGACCAUGAAACAUGUCAUCUCUUUCUUGACAAGGGGCAGAUGUACACACCAGGUCAAGAAAAAACCCAGACAAUUCAUGUGGCAGCAGAGGCAAUAAUUAUUUGGCAUUUCCUGCUGUUCAUAUCACAGAAGCAAGACAAGCGGGUGAAAUUUGUUUGACGGGAAAGUAAACAAAAUUUCUCUAGACAGUCGUAUAUAUAUAUA